UUCAAACACAGACCGGGACUCUGUUGUGUUUUAGCUAAGCCAGGCUAAGUUAGCACAAGAGAAAUAAACACGUUCCCCUCUCGUUUCGUGAUGUUUCACACGGUUUGAGCCCCAAGAAAGAUGAUGGACUCAGACCCAAACAAGGCUGACAGACGAGGACAGGUUGAAGACGUGAAGAAUGUGUCAAUAAUUAACAUCCCACCAGAUUUACAGGACUGUGUUACCUUUGAGCCCCCUGACACAGUCCUUCUGAAGCCUCCCAGUUUGUCCUUGUUGGCGAGACUCAGCUCUGAAAAAUCCCUUCCACAGACGGGACAGCGCUUCCAGUUCUCUAAGGUGUACGGCCCACAAACGACACAGAAAGAGCUGUUUGAAGGCACAGUGAAAGACUUAGUGAAAGAUGUGCUGGAAGGAGGAAAUUCCCUGGUUUUCACAUACGGAGUCACAAACUCGGGCAAGACUUUCACAUAUUUAGGUCCAGACUCAGACGCCGGCGUCCUGCCCCAGUCUCUGGAUGUGAUCUUCAGCAGUAUCGAUGAGCGUGUUUUUCCUAGCAUGAGCGUGAAACCUCACCGCUGUCGAGAGUUCACAAGACUGAGCAGGGAGCAGCAGGCUGAGGAAGCACUGUUCAAGAAAAACCUCCUGAGACAGCUGAAAGAGAUUGAGAAGAGCAAUGCCAGUGCAUUGAAUAUGACCAAUCAAACUCUGCUUGAUGAUAUUUUCCAAGGCUCCACGGUGACAGAAACAGCAGCGUCAGCAGGAGAAAAAAUCAGCCUGAAUGUUGACACAAACACUAAGUUCUCUGUUUGGGUUUCUUUCUGUGAAAUCUACAAUGAGAACAUUCACGACCUUUUGGAGGUGGCCCCCAGCGGGGCCCCGAGGAGGACUGCACUGCGCCUGUCGCAGGACGUCCAGGGCAACGCCUUUGUCAAAGAUUUACGCUGGGUUCAGGUGAACAGUGCUGAAGAGGCGUACAGAGUGUUGAAACUGGGCAAAAAGAACCAGAGCUUCUCUUCCACUCGACUCAAUCACCUCUCCAGCAGGAGUCACAGUAUUUUCUCUAUUCGAAUUUUGAGACUUGAGGAUAUUGAGACUCCACACAUUUACACAAGCAGCGAGUUGUGUCUGUGUGACCUGGCUGGCUCGGAGCGAUGUGCAAAGACUCAAAACCAAGGAGAGCGUCUGAAAGAAGCUGGAAACAUCAACACCUCACUGCUUAUUUUAGGAAAAUGCAUCAAUGCACUGCGACACAACCAGCAGACCAAGCUUCUUCAGCAUGUUCCCUUCAGAGAAAGUAAGCUGACCCACUACCUGCAGGGCUUUUUCUGCGGGCGAGGCAAAACCUGCAUGAUUGUCAACAUCAACCAGUGUGCAUCCAUGUAUGAUGAGACUGUCAACGUCCUCAAAUUCUCUGCUGUGGCUCAAAAGGUUGUAGUUUUAUCCGUCAGGUCUCUUCCCAUCAUGCCUCAGUCAUCCAGCAGUGGAGCAUUUAUCCUUCAAACAAAGGCUCGCACAAGCAGCAAGGGAAGCUCUCUGAUUGGUUGUGAAAGUAGUCUGGAGGACAUACUGGAUGAAGAUGAAGAUCUCUCGGACCUGCUGAGCCUCUCAGAUGACUUCAUGGAUCAGACGGGCAUUGAAGAUGAAAAUGAUAAAAUCGUCAUUUGUAAAAAGACAUACCAGAGACAGGUGGCGCUGCUGAGGCAGCUGCAGGUCCAGCUGAAGAAGCAGCGUGCAGAGAAUAUGCUCCUGGAGGCUCAGAUCCGAGAGGAAGUCAGUCGAGAGUUCUCAGAACUUUUCUCUGAGAUGCAGAAUAAUUACAGUGAGCGUCUGGUCAGGGAAAGAGACAUUUUGGAGGAGCGAGCAGAAAGGAGGCUGGAGAUUUUCAAGAAUUUGAUUAACAACAUGUCCGUCGCUGAAUCCAAACACGAUGUAGAAACCAUGAACAAAUGUCUGAUCUCCCAUGCCCCUGAACUGGUGGACUUGCAGGAUUUGACUGAUCCAGCCGGUGUGUGUUCAGUCUCAGUCCAAACUGCACAGUACAGUGUAGAGAACCCAGAGACAAAGGUUCUGGACCUGACGGCUCAACAACAACAGCAACACACCCAGACUGCUGGUUCUGUAGAGGAUGAGGAGAAAAACAGGAUUCUACUGCAGCUCCAGGAGAAGCCAUCAGACGUGGCCCGGCUGGAGAAGCAGCUGGGAGACCUGCAGGAGACGAUGGAGCUGGACUCACAGAACUGUUUGAUGCCAGUUAAAGCGGAGAGUGGAGAUCAGCUGAAGGAAGCUUUGGCUGCACUUGCCAAGGAGAGAAAA